GCUCCGCUCUGAGUUGAGCAGGGACCAUGCCUGGCAAAGCCGCGGUGACAGUGGCGCUUCAGUCCGGCGAUAAGGUCGCUCCCACGGCUCCGCGCAAGUCCUUUCCUUUUGUUUUGAAGAAGAUCAUGGACAUCCCCCCUCCCAACAUCCUGGAGGAAGGAGACGACGAAAUCGAGAAAGAGAAGCUGUGCUCCUCUGAGGAUGGGGAGGGGGGCGGGGCUGGAGCAGCCAGUGCUGGUGCAGGUUCAAGAGGAGGAGGAGGAGGCGGUGGAGGGGUAUCCGCCUCCUUAACCCCAGCCAUUUGGGACAAGACCAUUCUCUACGAUGGGGAGACGUUCCACCUGGAGUACAUGGACCUGGAUGAGUUCCUCCUGGAGAACGGGAUCCCUGUGACUCUGGAGGAGGAGGAGCUACAGAAGACUCUGGCCUUGGCGGGAUUCAAAGGCAAAUUUUUCCCCAAGGUUACUCCUACAUUGUCCACAACUACUGUUUCUACUAUUACUGCUGCUGCUGCCGUCGCACCUGACCACGCCUCAGCGUCCCCUCCGUCUAUCGCUGUCCCCUCUAUGGUCACCUCUGAUCCAGAGGAAGCGGUGACAGUCACUAUGUUACUAUCAGCUAAGCUGGAGGAGGAGGAGGAGGAGGAGGAAGAAGAUGAAGAAGAAGAAAAGGAAUCUUUGUCUGUGGAGGCAAAAGCAGAAGUGGAGGAGAAGAAAACAGAGCGUAGCACCCCCUCUCCCGUCGACCCAGAGGCCAUCGAGGUCGACAUCAACUUCCAGCCGGAUCCCACUGACCUGGUCCUGUCCAGUGUGCCGGGGGGAGAGCUGUUCAACCCGCGCAAACACAAGUUCUCUGACGAGGAGCUGAAGCCGCAGCCGAUGAUCAAGAAGGCCAAGAAGGUGUUUGUCCCCGAUGAGCAGAAGGAUGACAAGUACUGGUCCAGGAGAAAGAAGAACAACGUGGCGGCGAAGCGGUCUCGGGACGCGCGGCGGCUGAAGGAGAACCAGAUCACGGUGCGCGCCUCCUUCCUGGAGCGGGAGAACGCGGCGCUGCGCCAGCAGGUGGCCGAGAUGCGUAAGGACUGCGGCCGCUGCAAGAACGUGCUGUCCCGAUACGAGGCGAAGUACGGGCCGCUGUAGAGAACUCGUAUCGCAACCCCCCCCCACCCCGCCCCUCAAAAAGAACCCCCCCCCAUCCCCCUUUGCAGAUUUUCAACUCUGACCCAAACCACCAAGGGGAGUCUAAAUUUGCACUGUUGCCUUCACUGACCUCCAGCAGCCACGUCGAGCUCACUGGAUGCACACUGGCAGGCGGUGAGGCCUGAUGGGAGGGCGGUCACAGGGAGGCCCACGGAGAGCGCCUGGCUCCUCCACUCGGGAGAGAAGGGGACGAUAGAGGUCAAACACAUGGAAAGUCUGAUGCGCCCCGAGCCGUUUUUUAAAGAAAAUUCAGGAAAUGCGCAAAAACCAGACUGGUACAAAAGAGUCACCGGCUUUUAAAUGCCAAACACGCGUCCGUUUUUAUCACUGCAGAGCACUUCUUCUUCUUCUUCUUCUUGGACCAAAGCAUGAGUCAGUCAGAAGUCCAGUAUUUAGUCCGGGGCCCUCCGGCCCGCCCCUCACAUUCCCUUGUGUUGAAACUCGUGUUUAUGUCUGUGAUUCCUUCCAAAAUACUCAACGGGAGCUGGUGAACUCGCGGCAGGGAGGGAGAGGAGCUGACGAAGGCUCAAGAGAGGUGCAGAAGGCAGAUUCACGGUGGUACUUCCAGCUCGCCGGCGGAGGAGAGAAGGGCAAGAGGCGCUUAGCGGUUAGUUAGUGAGGUUCAGUCACAGUUCUUCGCACAUACAAAACAAACCCGCUUGUACAUAUAGUCGCCUCCCCGCGCCGCGGAGAUCGGUGCGUGCGUCGGCGUGUAAUCCACUCGUGCACUUUUCACGAGGCUCAUGGCGGCGGCCGACAUCUUCCCGAUGUACCUCCACCACGGGAGACGGAGCAGCUUCUAAAGGGCGGGAAACAGGCAUGACCUUCAAUUUGAAAGCUACUGUGAUCUAGUUUCCUUUUCUACUCACCUCAGAUCAGCUUCCGGAGCCUCACACAGGAUGUUCUAAAACAAAUAUUUUAUUUAUUUUUAUUCCAGAAGAAAGACUUUGGGUUUCCAUAGAAGAUGACUAUAUUUUACAAAUGAAGACUGAGUUCAUAUUUUUUCGCAGGUAACUUCUGAAGGCAGUUGCCCUCACUGGUGGAGGGGUAUGUUGAUGCGGAGGGAUGUUUAUUUCACUGCGCACUGCAGAUAGAGGGCGCUAGAGCUACACCUACUCAUGGUGGGAUGGCCGGAUUGAGCUCAUAAGAAAGGGAAAAACAAAAGAUGGAUCCAGUCCCACAGUCGACUGCUUCUAAACCGUGUAAAUAAAUGAUUGUCUCAUGGUCUUUAUUUCCCAAGACAGGAAUUCUGACUUUCUUUAUUAACCUCGUACUAUUCCUCAUAUUUGCCAAAUAGUCAAUGAGUGCUGUAUUUAUUCUGAUGGUAAUAAGGCAUCUGUUGGUGGUGAUGUACAACAAUACGUGGGAUGAUUCUAUUUCCUUCGAGGAAACGACACUUCUAAUGAAACCAAUGCAGGGAAAUCAAUGGGUAAACUGUGUUUUUUUGGAUGUUUGUUUUUAAAACUAGAUUUAUAUAUCGUUUUAUCGGAUGGCUGCCCCUCCCCCUCUAUAUACAUACAGCAUGUGUUUGAACACACAAAGAACAAGGCUCACUCUUGUUUACCUCAUUCAGCAUUUCCUAUUUUGAAUGUUGAAAAGUUUAGCAGGGCUACACAAUGGCAGAAGUUGAAGCAGAAAGCACAUUUUUAAAAAAGCAGCUUAGUUCCAUUUGGCAAAACUUUGAGUUUUCUUCUUCUUUUUUGCUAAACCGAGUCUGUUAGCUAGUAAAUAAAACGACAGGCUGUUACGGGACUUCAUAUCUCAAGUGUCUUCGGCUGACCGGUCGGCUUGUGCUCAUAAUCGCAGUGAAUCUCGGAAAGUAAAUAAGUGUGGCAAUAAUACUCUGUUAUGUGAUGCUCGUUUUAAUUCCUUGAUGUCUGUAGCCUACAGUUGUUAUGAUGUACUUAAUAGAAAUGCCCCAAAGUCGUCUGUGCUUCCAGUUCAGAUCCUCCGUCGUCUAUAGGACCCUAAUGCAUGAAGCCAGUAAACAUGUCUGUUAUUUUCUUGAAUAUUUUUACACCAAGUGUUCUUAUGUCUGCGAAUCAUUACUGAAAACUCUGUUUUGGGAUGGCUAGGUCGAUGGUCUCUUGUACAGCGGUCAAAAGAAAAAGUGUAACAUCUUUGCUAUAACGUUAUGUGUUUAUGACUUGUUCGCAUAAUAGUGCCAUAAAUCCCCGCGCAGCCAGAGCUUGACCUUGGGGCGAACAUCAGCUUAAGACGGCAUCUUUUAAUCACUGUGUUGAUUGUUGUUUAUUCACUGAGCAUCUAUAAGACGCAUCAGGUCGUGCUCUUCUCGGUGGAUUUUGUGUUCGUUCCAGUUUCCUGGGAGGCAUUUCUUCGCGACGUGUUUUUUAUGUUGCGUUGACAUUCAAACUUUGGCUACAUUAUGCUGUUUAUACAUCAAUUUGGUUGAUGAAUGCAAACUCGUAGUUGUUUUUGAACUACAUUCAAAUGUACUGCACCGGGCAGUCGAGUCUUUUAGAUUCAGAAGACAGAAGUCAAGCUUGUUCAUAGAGCUGCUUACACUCUGUAGGAAUUUCUUCUCUUUUGUUUGUUUGUUUUGUUGAUGCAAAGCACCUCACGGGGGUUUAAGUUCUCUUCGUGCCAAACGGGACCACCAGUAGGAGAGGAAGAUAAUGACUCCAGUGGUUUAAGUCUGCGGCUGUGUGUCUCCACCUACAGACACACAGUAAUAGCUGCUGCACUAUUAGAACCACUGUGCGCCCCCUGGUGGCCAUGAAUGUUACAACAGCCAGUUUCACCUUUUUGCUCUUCGUUUUCAAAAUUUAGCUUUUAAGUAUGAAUACACGUCUUCAAAUAAUACCAUGAAGGUGACAGACGUCAAAUACAAAAAGUAUUUGAAUUGUUGUAAUACUUUCCCAACCAGUGGCCCAAGUGUUAAAGUGCCAAUGCUUUCUUUGCAUGUCGGUGGUGCAAAUGAGCCGCGAUACACCUGUAAGGUCCAAACUGCCAUUUCCACUUCCAGCCUGAAGCUGUUGCCAAUGACGACGUCCUCGUCUGCUAUUCAAAGCUACAAUACUAACUUAAGUAUCUGGGUUUUUUCCUUUUUGCUCUUUUUAUAUAAACAUGUUUUUGUUUCGGUGUUUUUGUAUCGUCCUAAAUAUGUGUUAGAUACAUGCAACGGCGGUACUACGGUCUACCUGUAUCUCGUGUGUCAUGCGUUGAAAUAAAUGGGCACUGAAUGACA